AUGGGAGAAGUAGAUCCUGCAUUCAUCCAAGCCCUUGAACACCAGCCUAAACUCGACAUCACUGAAGCCGAAGGCAUCCCAGUAAUAGAUCUUUCUCCACUAAAUUCCUCUGAUACUGAUGCUGACUUUUCAAGUUUAGUAGCUGAGAUAGGAGAUGCUUGCAAGAACUGGGGAUUUUUCCAGGUGAUCAACCAUGGGGUGCCGUUAAAGUUUCGUGAAAAGAUUGAAUUAGCAGCAAGGAAAUUCUUUGCUUUGUCAAAAGAGGAGAAGAAGAAAGUUAGUAGAGAUGAAGUCAACCCUCUGGGAUAUUAUGAUACUGAGCAUACUAAAAACGUCAGGGACUGGAAAGAAGUGUUUGAUCUAACACUAAAGAAACCAAAUAUUGUUCCGGCUUCUCACCAAUCUGAUGACAAGGAGCUAAAUCAGUUCAUGAAUCAGUGGCCUGAAAAUCUUCCAGAAUUAAAGGAGGCUUGUGAAGAGUAUGCUGAAGAAAUGGUAAAACUAGCUUACAAGUUACUUGAACUCAUUUCCUUGAGCUUAGGCUUGCCAAAAACUCGAUUGAAUGACUUCAUUAAGGACCAUGCUAGCUUUUUGAGGCUCAAUCGCUAUCCUCCAUGCCCUGCUCCUCAUUUAGUGCUCGGUGUUGGUAGACACAAGGAUCCCAUUGUUUUGACCAUCCUUGCUCAAGAUGAUGUUGGAGGACUUGAAGUGAAGAGGAAAACUGAUGGAGAGUGGAUUCUUGUCAAACCUACACCUAAUGCUUAUAUCAUCAACGUUGGUGACAUAAUCCAGGUUUGGAGCAACGAUAAGUACGAAAGUGUGGAACAUAGAGUGAUGGUCAAUUCUGAGAAAGAAAGAUUCUCAAUUCCGUUCUUCCUGAAUCCCACAAGUUCCACUUGGGUGAAACCCAUGGAGGAGCUGAUAAACAAGCAAAACCUUGCCAAGUACAAGCCUUAUAACUGGGGAGAGUUUUUAGCCAAAAGGGCACGCAGUAACUAUGAGAAACUUGAUAUCGAAAACAUUCAAAUAUCUCAUUUCAGGAUUUACUCGAGGAAGUUACUUCUGUUUAUAUGA